AUGUCACGCAUGGCCACCAACCAGGGGCACCACAGCGCCUCCUCCGGUCAGACGCAUGAGCUCUGGCUGGAUUUCCGCCGGAAUGCGGAGGCCAUGGCAGAACCUCGGCGGGUGGUGCUGCAGCUCUUCUGGAGGAUGAGGGACAUCGUAGACAAGUUAGCCGUCUCGCUCUAUGCAGAGGGCCAUAUCGACGGUGUGGUGGUGGAUAUGGAGACAGGUGCCGGCUGUGCAGAGAAGUGGGACUAUUCCUGGUUGCCCUUAGUCUUGGUGGAUGAGACCGGCGCGGUCUUCAGCGGCCAGACCCAGGCACGCGAGGGCUGGUUGAGGCACCUCGCCGAGGGUCGGCUCUUGGCCUCGAGCCCCGGUGACAUGAGACCGGACACUUCCCCCGCCGACGUGGACGACGCCGACGACGCGGACGACCUCUUCGUCUUCGCCGCGGACGCCUACGAGGCCGCCGACGCGGUGCGGCGCUACGGCUUCGCCAUGAACGUGCUGCUGCUGCCGCCGGACCCCACCACCUGGGCGGUGGCCGCGGCCGGGGCGCCGGCGGAGCGGGCGGUGCAGACGGCGCGGGAGAUUGAAGAGCAAGGAAGGUGA